CAGAUAAAUCAAGUUUUUUAAAUUUAGAUAAGAGCAAAAGAAAAAGAUUAAAGUUUUCUAAUAAAAAAAUUUUUGUUAAUUUUGGUAUUCAAGUUAAUCCAGCUUCUAUCAAUUUUGGUACUCAAGUUAAUCCAACUUUUAUCGAUUUUGGUGCUCAAGUUAAUUCAGCUUUUAUCAAUUUUGGUGCUCAAGUUAAUCUAGCUUCUGUUAACUUUGGAGUUCAAGUAUCUUUGCCAAAACCAAUAUAUGAAAGUCUUUUAGGAUGA